CUUCGAGUGCCUCACAUCAGUCCCGAACCUUUCUCGUUCAUCUCCUUAGCCAGAACACGUCCAACUUCCAUUCUCUCAACACAAAUGAGAUGUGCAUGCAUGGAUAACCACCUUAAGUCGCCUUUCUUCGUCUUACUGCUCUGUUGUACUGUUGCGACAGUAGCAUACCCUGCUCGCUGUGAGUUAUCUCAUCCGACGAACUAUCAUUCUAUAUCAUACAACCCACAGCCACAGGAUUUCCCAAAUGAGCAACUCUACCGCGCCUAUCUCGUCAUCCAGCGCUUCAAGAGCACCAUCACGAGCGACCCCAAGAAUGUCACGGCAACCUGGACCGGUCAUGAUCUCUGCGGAGAGACGACCUACAUUGGGUUCUACUGCGGAUCGCCGACAGGCGGGGAUAAGAAAUUGACUGUCACAGGGGUCAUUUUGAAUGGCUACAGUCUACAUGCACCGACACUGCAAGGAUUCGUGGAUCAGCUCCCAGACCUUGCGCUUUUCCAUGCUGCUUCCAACAAUUUUGGUGGCGAUAUCCCCCGACUCGCCGGCCUUGAGUACAUGUACCGGCUCAGUGUUAGCACCGAUCCGCCAAUGUAUACUGUAGAUGAUAUUUCGGGGACGGGAACCACUCUCGGGACGACAAUAGACGCAACGGCUGGAAAAAAAUGCGUAACUGCUCACUUACAUUUUGCUAUUAGUAUUGGUAUUCAGCCAGGCGGUAAGGGAGGCAAUAUUCCUGGUGUUACGGAUUCUAAAGCGCUCCUCCUCAACCACAACAACAUAUCCGGGCCACUUCCGUCGAACCUAGGUCUCUCCAAGUUGAGCUACCUCGCCGUCGCCAACAACAGGCUCACGGGGCCAAUCCCAACAUCGAUCGAGCAACUACAAGACUCCCUCCUCGAGGUGCUCCUCCUCAACAACCAGCUCUCCGGCUGCCUCCCCCACGAGCUCGGCAUGCUCCACAAGGCGUCCGUCAUCAACGUCGGCAUGAACCAGCUCACCGGCCCGAUCCCGUCAUCCUUCUCGUGCCUCAGCAGCGUCGAGCAGCUCAACCUGGGCGGGAACCGCCUCUAUGGCCAGGUGCCCGACGCGCUCUGCAAGCUCGCCGGGCCAGCCGGCCGCCUCGCCAACCUCACGCUGCCCGGCAACUACUUCACCUCCGUCGGGCCGGCGUGCGCGGCGCUGAUCAAGGACGGCGUCCUCGACGUGAAGAACAACUGCAUUCCGGGCCUCGCCAACCAGAGGCACCCGGCGGAGUGCGCGGCGUUCCACAGCCAGCCGAAGACGUGCCCGGCGGCGACCCCUCAGGUGGCUUGCCCCGCCGCGGCUGCCAAGGGCGCGGUGGCGGCGCCGGGGGAGAGGAAGGCUAGGGACUACUCCAGCUACGUGACGUAUGCUACUCUGCAUGAGUGAGCCGCUUCGGUCGGCAUGCAGUAGGAGACAGAGUGCCUCGGUGGGACUUUGGCUAUUUGUUCCUUGUAUUCUUGUGUAGUAUUGUGUGUUGGUGUGCUUGUGCUUGUUGUCUAUUUGCUCUGCACGUGUUGCUGUCACUUAGAUCCAUCUUUGUAUCCAAAGUAAAUUAUUGUUGGUGAAGUAAAGUUCGUUGUAUAUC